AUGCAUCUUCUUCCCAUUAAGAAACGCAAACUCAGUGAGGUUAGAAAUGCCAAAGAUGUUGAUACUGGUGGUGGAUCUGGUUCGGUGACUGCGCCGACCGGAGCUAAUUCCGGUGGAUCUAGUUCGUCUCCGACAGAGACUACUAAUGGUUCAUUUAGUUCGUCGAUCGCACCACUUGGAGACCCCUACGAUGUGUUCUUGAGCUUUAGAGGUAAGGAUACUCGACUUGGCUUCACCGAUCACCUCUACAAGGGGCUUGUCGAUGCCAGAAUCCGUACUUUCAGAGACAAUGAGGGGCUCCGCCGAGGUGAGAAGAUCGCCGAGCUCUUUGCGGCCAUCAAGAACAGUAAGUUCUUGAUCCCCAUUCUUUCUGAGAAUUAUGGUACGAGCAGUUGGUGCCUGCAUGAAUUAGUUCAAAUAAUGGAGUGCAAGAAAAAGAACGCAGAGGUUAUAGUGUUGCCUAUAUUCUACAAAGUGAAACCAUCUGACGUGGCACAUCAAAAGGGGAGGUUUGGAGAUGAAUUUCGUAAGCGUGAGAGGCGUUUGCGUAAAAGGAGGGGUUUCGACUCAACAAUAUUGGAGAAAUGGAAGGAAGCACUCGUAGAAGUCAGCUCCUUGAAAGGACACUGCGCCUCUGGGCCUGAAGGAGAGUUGGUGAAAUCGGUUGUUCGAGAAGUGUUGAGCGAGCUGAUUAGAAAGUUUGAGUUGGAUGUUCCUGAGAAUUUAGUUGGAAUUGGUAGUCAAGUGGAGGAGGUUAUGAAAUCCGUGCGUAAUAAUUCUCAUGCCACCCUAUUCGUUGGUAUCCACGGAAUGGGAGGCAUUGGUAAGACAACUAUUGCUAAAACCAUCUAUAACCAGCUCUUGAAUCAAUUUGAGUAUCGUAGCUUCAUUGCUGAUAUUAGGGAGAAAUAUAAGAAUGGCGUUGAGCGCUUGCAUAAUCAGUUGAUCCAUGAUAUGCUGAAGGAAGAAAAUCUAGUUCGUAAUAGGGAUGAAGGGAUUAAGCUCCUCUCAUCCCGCUUUAAAGAUAAGAAAGUGCUGAUUCUCCUUGAUGACGUGGAUGCUGAUUCUCACUUGGAGGAUUUGGCCGGAAAUCAUGAUUGGUUUUCUUUGGGAAGUGUGAUCAUUAUUACCACGAGAGACAAGAGUAUUCUUGACAAAGCACGUGUGGACUGUAAACAUGACCACCAUGUUUUGGAUAAGGAUAGUUCUUUGAUUCUGUUUAGUAGACAUGCGUUUCGAAAUGACGCUCCUCCUAGUGAAUUUCAGAAACUCACUAAUGAAGUUGUGUCCACUACCGGAAGGCUUCCCUUAUCUCUUAAAGUUUUAGGUUCAUUUUUGUGUGAUAAACCACAAGGAGUAUGGGAAGAUACGAUAAAACAAUUAAGAAAUGUCCCGGAUAAGGAAGUGCAAAAAAGGUUAAAGAUCGAUUACGACGCAUUAGAAGAGGGACAAAAACAGAUAUUUUUGGAUAUCGCUUGUUUUUUCAUUGACACUGACUUGAGAAUCGCAUCCUACAUGUGGGACGCUUGUGACUUUUACCCAAAGAAGGGAAUUGAAGUACUAAAAUUAAGGUCACUAAUUAAAGUUGGAGAGAAUUAUGAGCUCAAAAUGCAUGACCAAUUGCGAGAUUUUGGUCUAGAAAUCGUCCGCCAAGAAGACGAGAGGGAGCCUCGAAAUCGCAGCAGGUUAUGGGACUCAAAGGAAGUCAUGAAAGUGCUAGAGGAAGAUGAGGUAACUGUUUCUCUUCUUUUGCCCCCAUUAGUCCGCGUCCACUGUCAAAGUGAUGUUGGUCCUCCGCUUAGUGCUUGCCCUAGUGACCAGAGAACGUUCUAAUGUUAUUGUCUCCAUGCCUUUUUAUUGACGUGAUUAGAAAGUAGGAGAUCGCUCUUUCUUAAUAAGUAUUGCAGCUUAUUUGAGACUU